AUGCCAACACCGUCUGUAGGCAAGCGUAAUCAUUCCGCUCUUGAGCAAGAAGCUAAUGCUGCGAUAUUUCGGGCUGCAGCACCACACAUUCCGCUCUGUAGCAAAACAUGCGAUGACAGCGAUAUUUCAGCGGGCAGCACAAAACAAUGGCAUGCUCGACAAUCCCGUGACAUGUACGUAAAACAGCGUGCACAGGAUGGAUACCGUAGUCGAGCGGCCUACAAACUGGAAGAGGUUCAAAAGCGGUUUGGAUUAAUUCGAAAGGGAAUGGUUGUAUUGGAUUUGGGGGGAUGUCCUGGUGGAUGGGCACAGGUCGCUGUAAAAUAUGCCAUUAGAAAGGAUACAGGUGGGACACGCUUGUCGUCGACGGAUAGGGACCAGACGGUUUCCAUUCGACCCAAAUCACAAGGAAAGGUCAUUUCCAUCGAUCUCUUGCCUAUUGAUCCGAUACCAAAUGUUCAAAUUUUGACUGGAGACAUGUGCGAUCCAAUGAUCCUCGACAAGGUCUGCACUUUGGUUCACGGCAGUCAAGAUGCACCAAACCGUACGGACCAGGAUGCGGUGGAUGUUGUUUUAUCUGAUAUGGCGCAUCCGUUUACUGGAUCCCGAACUGCGGAUGUGGCCAGGGUGUUUGAGCUCUGUCAAGUUGCACUGCGGGUUGCCGAGACACCUGGGAUAUUGAAGAGAGGAGGUGGAUUUGUAUGCAAGUUUUUUCAAGGAGAGGGUGAACAAGAGUUGAGAACAGAGCUGAAAGCCAAAUUUGAUCGUGUGGUAUAUGAAAAGCCCAACGCUAGUCGGAAAGCGUCUGCGGAGGGCUAUCUAAUUUGUUUAGGCUAUAAAGGCCGGACGACGUAA